AUGAAUCAUUCAAGAAAGCGAGGUGAAUCAAGUGAGAGGACUAGAAAGACAAGUGAGGAGGACGACGAUGUUGUUGACGAGAAACAACAGAAGAAUCAGAGGAAUGUGGGUGCUACAAGAACGUCAAUUGUUGCACUAAUAGCACCACCACCAGGAACAGGAGCAGGAGCAGGAGGAUCAUCAUCAUUAACACGUCGAGGAAGACGUGAUCGUACUACUAAAGUGUAUGGAGAAAUGCAGGAGAUUACAGAAGGAAUGAGUUUUUAUGAAUUACAAGCUCAAGAACAGAUCAUAGCACGUUUUCGAGCACAGAAACGACGAAAAGUAUCGGGAAAUGAGAAUUAUUUUGAGUCAACGAGACCUUUGGUAGCUUGUGGCUAUGAUGGACAUGAAGAACAAGUGUGUGACAAAUCAAGUCAAUUGAUGGACAAUCGAAUGAACGCCAGUGACGUGCGUGGAAAAGAACGAGCAAGAAAACACUUUUAUACGUAUAAAGUGCGAAAAUCAGCUCCCUCGGUAUGUGUCGUGACGAAACCAUAUGAUCAAGAGAGUGAAAGUGAAGAAAACGAGGUGAGAGACGAGGAAAAGGAGUGGAACACAUUUACAAAAAAGUCAGCGCAGAGGGAAUAUUUGCGAAAGCAGAAGCAUAAUGGUACGGUCGUGGACGCACGGAUGAUGGAACAUAGCUGCGAAAAUGACGAGGAAAUACCAGUUUCUUGGGAACGUAGUGAUUAUCACAAGCCAGGUGCUAAGCCACUCAUGGCUUGUACGAAGCGGUUCUUGCAGCAUAAGACUGCGGAACGCAAAACAAGGCAGCGAGUCAAGCCAAUAAAGGCACGAAAAAAUAGUUUAAGUGAAGUAGAGAGUGAGCAGGAAAGUGAAGAGCAAAAGAGCAACGAUGAAAGUGAAGAUGACGAAGUUGAAAUUGUCACAGUACCGAUGUCGAGGCGUCAAGAAAAGGUAAACUUGCGCAAUAAUGCCACCUCUAAGCGGUCCUUAGUGGAUCCACCAAAAAGGAGGCGGGAUGAAAACUUGCUGUUUGCUUUGCACUGUCGAAGUAAUGCUGCACAGGCCUCCUCGAGGACUUUUGUUUGUGGCGCAAGGGACACGCAACGGUUGGCAGAAAAAAUGUCUUUACGGGAGCUGCAAGAGCAGGAAAAGCUGUUGUUAUUCUUUCAUGCGCAAAAGAAGCGUAAUUCGUUGUCAACAGUGCGGAAAGGGGGGAAUAGUGCACACAGCACAACUACAUCCAAGACGAAUGGUAGUGGUUGUCGUGCUCGAAUGGGGUUCAACCCAAAGGAAUUUAUUGGCACUUUGUCGUCAUCAACUUGCAUUGCUCCACCCUGUCGAAACGGAUUCUUGGCAUCAAGUGCUGAAUUAGUCUCCGUUGCUGAAUGCACAGCAACACCCAUCAAAAAGGCCUCAAAUCCAGUAAUGCAUUCGACGGCGUGGCGACGGCUAGCUUUUAAAGAAGCACCGCCGAAUAUAUUAGGAGGCGUAUCGGCAGUUCCAUAUUCCUUUGGAUCUGACAGGCCUCUCUGGGCAUUUGACACAACGGGAGAGCUUAAGAAAAAGUGCGAGCUUAGAGCAGUGGAUGCUAGCGUUGUCGCUACUGUGGAUAACUCUGAAAAUCAGCCGCCAAGUCAAUCAGAAGUCAAUAACCAGGUGCGGGCAUUGGCAAAGCAAGAGCUGCCGGAAAUCAAAACAUGCCAUGCACGCAGAGUGCGUCAUACUUUGAAAGAAAUGCGAAAUCAGCUAUCUGAAUAUUUUAAAGCUUAUCAAGUGCUGCGUAGUGAACGGUACAGGCGCCUCCAGUGGUCUGAAACUGCAAACCACCACUCCUGGUCAAGUGCGUCCCCGACUGAGCGUGUUGCUGCCAAGCGAGUAUUGCAGAAUUCUAUGCAUACAUUUCAACCAUACAAUUGUUUGGUUGGGGUUGUGCGUUAUUAUGUGCAUCAAGGCCAAAUGCAUCUCGGAUCGUUGUUGUAUCCAGAAACUAUCACUCUCCUUUCCUAUGAUAUCUCAGCUACUAGUCGGUCUUUCACCAUGAUUGGUAUCCGUAAGAAUGCUUUUGUCGAAGAUGACCCCAUUCUACGGUAUGUGCCUUAUCUGGGCGAUGGAGAGCGUAUGGUCAUUGACAACGAUCUCUACUCAGGAACAACUAUGAGCAAAGAGCGCCGUAUUGCUGUGUUUGGGGAGGGUGAAGAGUUGACAGUAUUAAAUCCUGGCGCGCCGGAUGACGAAAUUAUGGAGUAUCUCUUGCGAGUUAUUGUUGGAAAAUGUGGAGCGUCGGAGCAAGUGUUCUUAGCGCUCCAACACGAAUGGGGUUUUAACCGGCCACGCAUGGAUUAUUGCAGCAUGUACGAUCUCGCUGAAACAGAGCGACGUAUAACAAGCCGAGUUGCGAAGGUAAAGGAAUUAGUUGCGCUUCAACAACAAUCAUCUCCAGACAAAACAGCAGAAGCAUCGGUUGCCCAGGUGAAUGCUUCUAAAUCGCUUUGCAAACUUGCGCAGCCACAUUGGUUUCUUCACGACAAAUCUGAGCCACAAUCGUUAUCAUUGAGGUUACAGCCGCCGUUGUCAGUUUUUGAGUCGAGCUACGCAGACUCACCGGAGACACUAGGCAUACGUGACCGACCUACAUAUGAAGGGCUAACUGAGUGGCAUCGGGAUCUAUUCUGUCGGCGCUGCUACUUUUACGACUGCUUUGAGCACGGAAUUCAGAAUCCUCAGCGAAGCGUUCGCACGGACCCGAUCUAUCCGAUGGUAACUGUACCAGGGAUUGUGCUUGCCCGACAAGAAAUUCCGAUUCAAGAAAUAGAUUUGAGUGCUGAAGAUGCGAGUCCAUAUUCGUCAACGUUACCUGUAGAGGUUGCUGUGCUGAUAGGCAGUUCGUCCUCUGACGAUGAGGUAGAGGAGAGUAAGGACCAGCACUCAUCUUUGAGUCAGUCGACUACGCUAUAUCGUAGGUCAAGGCGUGCACAGACUCGAAUUAGCUCGUUAGCGAGCAAAAGCCUGCGAACUCAAGAAAAAAUGCUAGAAACGGAACGACUUGCUGAGCUGGAGAAGCGAAAAAGACGUCGAGAGAAGUUUGCGCGGGCAGCAGACAAGUCAGAGUACCUGGACAACUCCUACCUCCCUGCCGUCACAGCUUCACUCAAGAAGCUGUUGUCUAAGACAAAACCAUGCGGUCCGUCGUGCUGGUUAUCCAGUGGGAAUAUGAAUCCAAGUGACGUUUGCGCACCUCUGAAGCAGGUUGAUUCUGUGCUAGUUCGAAAACUUGUGUCAACGCUUGGGCCAAACGCUUGCAUGAUUGCAGCCAUGCUAAAGAGUCCAAGAUGUACAUGCGCACAGGUUUCUAGGUUUUUGGCUGAUGAGAAAAGGCGAAAAGAUAGCGGAGACAAGUUGGGAGGAGAGAAUGAAUUGCUGAUAUCAAGUGAAAAGCAGCGAAAAGGCCGAAGAGGUGUCGGUGUGAGCUUGAAUAGGUCACUGGCCAAGCGUAUUCGUGAACAACGGAGCUACGAUCGCGAGAAAAGAUUGAGCUAUGAGCCAUGCAAUCACAAUGGGGUAUGUAACGAAACAUGCGAGUGUACAAAGCGUGGUCAUUCCUGCAACAAGGCUUGCUCUUGUCCGCGUGAUUGUCCGAAUCGUUUCCAGGGAUGCAAGUGUUCAACUGGCAAUUGCCACACAUCAGCAUGUCCAUGUUGGAGUGCUGGACGUGAGUGUGAUCCUGAUUAUUGUUUCAAUUGUGGAGCUAGCGAUGCAGCUGUAAUGAUGUUUCACCCUGAAUUCAAGCAUCAAAGCAGCUCUCAUCUCCGAAUUUGUCAUAACGUGAAUAUGCUACGCAGUACUAUUCAAAAGAAGAUUGGUGUAGCAUUUUCUGCUAUACACGGAUGGGGAGCUUAUGCACUGGAACCAAUUCGCAAGGAUGACUUUGUACUCGAGUACACCGGUGAGCUCAUUACGGACGAUGAAGCCGAACGACGAGGUGCAAUCUACGAUCGUAAGUCUGUGAGCUAUUUAUUUGGUGUCAAUAGUGAUUACGUUGUCGAUGCGGCACGAAAAGGGAAUAAGGCGAAAUUUGCCAAUCAUAAACCAAAAGAAGACGCAAAUUUGGAUGUUCGAGUGAUUACGUCGAAUGGAGAACAUCGGAUUGGCCUAUUUGCUCGAGAAGCAAUUGAGGUUGGAGCUGAGCUGUUUUUUGAUUACGGGUAUACGCAUGAUAGUGCACCAAGAUGGAGUCAGCAUGAAACAACAUUUGAACGGGAAGAACGUGCUUAUGAUCUUGUCGAUGAUGAGAAGGAGUGGGAGUAA